UCAAUAUAUCACAUAUUUGUUUAUUUAAGGUUGGAGGUUCGCUACAUUUGAAUCAAGAUGUCGUACAUGUUGCCGCAUCUCCACAAUGGCUGGCAGGUGGACCAGGCCAUCCUAUCUGAGGAGGACCGAGCCCUGGUUAUCCGAUUCGGACACGACUGGGACCCAACGUGUAUGAAAAUGGACGAGGUUCUGUACAGCAUCGCUGAAAAGGUAAAAAACUUUGCCGUCAUUUACCUGGUGGAUAUAACAGAAGUGCCUGACUUCAAUAAAAUGUACGAGUUGUAUGACCCCUGCACUGUCAUGUUCUUCUUCAGGAACAAACACAUCAUGAUUGAUUUAGGCACUGGUAACAACAACAAGAUCAACUGGAUCAUAGAAGAUAAGCAGGAGAUGAUCGACAUUGUUGAGACUGUGUACCGAGGAGCGAGGAAAGGACGCGGUUUAGUCGUGUCUCCCAAGGAUUAUUCCACAAAAUACAGAUAUUGAAUCUUCUCCUUCAUCUGCCUCGUUUUUUUUUACGUGUUUGCUUUCCCACCUCGGUUUUUUCUUUGUCAUCCUAGAGACUUUAAACAACAAAAAGUGACAAAAACAAAAAAGUCCCAGCAGUUUUAUUAUUUUUGCCUUGCAGGAGGAGAGGAUCCAUCAUCAUUUUCAGGUGUUACUGUUUGUGUUUCGUGUUUUAUACCGUUUUUUUGAAUAUUAGGUUGUGUCUCGUUUUUUCAAGAGUUAUUUCUGUGAAAUAAGAGCGAAACAGACCAGACACCGAAUACUUCACCAUUAUAUUUGACUCUUCUAAUAAAUAUGGAUUUCUACUCAAAC